AUGGAGGACGGUAAGCUCGAAGGCAUCGCCGCCCAACUCGCCGCUGCCAAGGCGCAGCAGGAGCGCGACGAGGCCCAAGGCCUGCGCCCCAAUUCCGCCGAGGCCAAGAUAGCCAACAAGCGCCGCGAGCUGCAAUUCAAGUCCUCGCACAGCCUGCUUGUUGCAUUUUUCUUCCUGAUCGGCCUGUUGCACGUCCUUGGAAUCUACCUCUUCACUAGCGGCUUCCUCCUCACGCGCCUCGUCCUAGACCACAAGUCCGAAUGCGCCAUUCCCCCGGCCGAAUUGCCCGGUGGCUUCACCCCAGGCUCUCCUGAGAAGGGCUGCUGGCACCCGAAGACAUUCAACAAGGCCGUCGUCAUUAUCGUCGAUGCGCUCCGCUACGAUUUCACCGUUCCCUUCCAGCCCAAGGAAGGCGACUCCGAGCCGCACCAUUUCCACAAUGCCAUCCCCAUCUUCUACGAGAUUGCUUCCAAGGAGCCGAACAAUGCUUUCCUGCUGCCAUUCAUCUCGGAUCCGCCAACAACUACUCUGCAGAGGCUGAAGGGCUUGACAACUGGCACUCUCCCGACCUUCAUUGAUGCGGGCUCGAAUUUCGCUGGGACGGCCAUUGAGGAGGACAAUUUGAUCGCGCAGCUGAGAAAUGCGAGCAAGAACAUUGUGCAUCUGGGUGAUGACACUUGGCACUCGUUGUUCCCCGGCUACUUCGAUCCGGAGCUUACUCGGCCAUACGAUUCGUUCAACGUGUGGGAUCUGCAUACAGUCGACAAUGGAGUUACCGAGCACCUGUUCCCCUAUCUUCAGCCGGGACAUGCCGCGAAAUGGGACGUUCUGAUCGGACACUACCUCGGUGUCGAUCACGCUGGGCACCGCUAUGGACCUGACCAUCCCGCUAUGACUGCCAAGCUCCAGGAGAUGAACGACGUCUUCCGCAGGGUGAUCAAGGCCAUUGACGACGACACCCUUCUUGUCGUCAUGGGAGACCAUGGGAUGGAUUCCAAGGGUGACCACGGCGGCGAGUCGGAAGACGAGGUUGAGGCGGCGCUCUGGAUGUACUCGAAGAAGGGCAUUUUUGGAAGGAGCUCUGCGGAGUUUGUCACGCCCCCUGCGACUGCGAAGGAAAGGCCGCUUGCUCAGAUUGAUCUCGUCCCUACGCUGUCUCUUCUCCUUGGGUUGCCUAUUCCGUUCAAUAAUUUGGGCAAACCUAUCGAAGAAGCCUUCAUUGGUAGCCGUGGCGACGAUUUCCAUAACCUCGCCGUUGUCAAUAGGCUAGCAGCAGCCCAAAUCCACCGCUAUCAGCGCGAAUAUGCUUUGGCCAAAGGCAUCGACGAGGCUGGUGAACUGCCUCGUCUCACGCUUUGGAAUGCCGCCAACAAGGCAUGGGAGACGGUCAGACAGACCAAACGGCCGACGCCAGUUCACUGGAGGCAGGCUUAUGACAAGUUUGCGAACUACCAGAAGCUCACGUUGAGCAGAUGCCGUAGCCUGUGGGCAGAGUUCCAUAUUGUCAGCAUGAUCCAGGGUAUCGGCAUCCUCAUAGGCUCUCUUGCCAUACUUGCCAUCUACGGCCGCGGCAUUGAAGGUGACAACAUCGAUUUGACCCCUCUCCUUCUCUUCCGGGGCGUGAGUGGCUUCGUCUUCGGUGGAGCUGCUGGUGCUGCGGUGGGAUAUCUCAUCCCAUUCUUUGAGCUGCUGCACUCCGCCAUUUUCGGUGCUGCUGUUUUGUCCCUCGUUGGCUUGACAUCCUCCUUGGUCACUGCCAAGUUCCGUUUGAACGUUCCUUUCCCCACGACUUUCUGGGGCGGAAUCAGCGUGGUGCUGCCUUUGCUCCUGUCUAUCGGGUUCGCUUCGAACUCGUUCACCAUCUGGGAGGAUGAAAUCCUGAUGUAUUUCCUGUGCACCCUGGGCGUCCUCUUCUUUGCAUCCUCCAUGAGGCAGGAGGCGUCUGAAGACCGGGUUCUCGGUUGCACGCAGUCUGUCAUCUUCGUCGUGCUGACCCGUCUGGCUUCCUUUUCCAGACUCUGCCGCGAGGAACAGAUGCCGUACUGCAAGUCUACUUACUACGCGUCUUCUACUUCUUCCACUUCUGCAGUCUGGCAGCUCGCGAUUCCCUUCCUCCUUUCCGCUGCGCUACCCGAGGUUGUGAAGUCGUUCUACACCCGCACCAGGUCCCUCCAGAGCCUCUCAAAGUUCUGGUUCGGCUUUUGCUUCCGCGUCUGUCUUCUCCUCAGCGCAUCGUUCUGGGCCUUUGACGCUGCCGACGACAUGGAUUACUUUGAGUUUUCCAAGCGCUCGCAAAAAGCCAUCCGCGUCGUCUUCUCCCGCGUGACGUUCGGCAUCGCACUGGGCGUUGGCUACGUCGUAUACUCGUGGUGCACCGCUCUCCUCAAGAUCGAGACGCACGAGGCGAAGCCCUCGGACGCAAACGACCCUGCGGUCGUUGCGCCAGGCGGCAAGACAUCGAUCACCAUCCUCGGCUACGCCAACAUCCACGGCUCGCGCUUCGCGCUCCUCAUCACCGCUUGGGCGCUCGCCGUCAUCCACAUCCAGAAGCCCAUGGGCGGCGGCGCCAUCGGCAUCCUGCUGUGGCAAAUCUUCGCACUGCUCGAGAUCAUCGACACGAACAAGCUCUCCACCACGGCCGUCGGCCCCACGGUGCUGGCGCUGCUCGGCUCCUUCCACUUCUUCAAGACGGGCCACCAGGCCACGCUCGCCAGCAUCCAGUGGGAGUCUGCGUUCCUGCCGUUCAAGAGCAUCCACUACCCGUGGUCGCCGCUGCUCGUCAUCCUCAACACCUUCGGCGCGCAGAUCCUGACGGCCGUCGCCGUCCCCGCCACUGUGCUGUGGAAGCAGCCGCCCAAGCAGAAGGGCCUGCUCGGCGGCGUCGCCCAGGCCGUCGCCACACACCUGCUCUUCUACGCCGGCGUCGCCCUUGCCACUACCUGCUGGGCCGGCCACCUGCGCCGCCACCUCAUGCUCUACCGCAUCUUCAGCCCCCGCUUCAUGAUGGCGGCCCUGGUGCUCGUCGUCGUUGAUGUCGUUGCCGUGUUUGUCGGCGUUGGCGGCACUUGGUGGAGUUUCUUGAGUAAUGCUGAGAUCUUUGGGUGGUUGUGA